AGGGGCACCCUGGGAGAAGAGAGGGAGGACCAGCAGGAGCCCCAGAAGGCUACAGGGUGAUGUGUCCUGGGAUGAUGAUGGAACUUUGGGUGAUUUCGAUCCAUAAAAUAACGAGAAGGUACUGGCAUAGAAUGUGAACGCUAGAAGGAUUGCUAGAUCCGGGAACCGUUAGAGCUGGAAGAACAGAAUGCAUGGCAGAGCCCACCAUCUUCUUUUAGCAAAUGGGCAGUAGGCCUCCAAGAGGGGCAGCCAAGGGGGAGAGAGAGAAGACUUCCAUGGGAGCACCAGGAGCUCCAGAAGGCAACCAGGACUUCCCUGACUUGAGUUCCUCUUUCUUUCUACACUGCGACUCUUCAUGGCUGACAAGAAACUGGUAGUGGUUUUUGGAGCAACAGGUGCCCAAGGUGGCUCCGUUGCCAAGACCCUCCUGGAAGAUGGGACAUUCCGAGUCCGUGCGGUGACUCGAAAUCCCCAGCAGAAAGCGGCAAAACAACUGAAGCAUCAAGGAGCAGACGUGGUACAAGGAGACCAGAAUGAUGAGAAGAGCCUGGAGCCGGCUCUGGCAGGGGCUUAUGCAGCUUUCAUUGUGACCAACUACUGGGAGAAUCUGGACCAAGAGCAGGAGAUUAAGCAGGGUAAACUCCUAGCUGAUCUGUCCAAACGCCUGGGCUUGAGUUAUGUGAUCUACAGUGGACUGGAGAAUGUGAAGAAACUGACUGGUGGCCGGCUGAUAGUCAGGCACUUUGAUGGCAAAGGAGAGGUUGAGGAAUACUUCCGGGCUUUGGAUGUGCCAAUGAUCAGUGUCCGGCUGCCCUGCUACUUUGAAAACCUUCUCACCUACUUCCUACCCCAGAAAGCCCCCGAUGGAAAUGGCUACUUGCUGAGUCUGCCCAUGGGCGAUGUCCCAAUGGAUGGAAUGGCAGUGGCUGACCUGGGUCCUGUGGUGCUCAGCCUGCUGAAGUCCCCAGAAGGUUAUGUGGGUCGAAACAUUGGACUGAGUACCUGCAAGCACACAGCCACAGAGUAUGCUUCCCUCCUCUCUAAGUACACCGGGAAGACUGUGCAUGAUGCCAAGACCUCACCUGAAGAUUAUGAGAAGCUUGGCUUCCCUGGGGCACAGGAGCUGGCCAACAUGUUCCGGUUCUAUACCAUGAAUCCAGACCGAGACGUGGAACUGACCUUCAAACUCAACCCCAAGGCCAGAACUCUGGAACAGUGGUUAGAACAGAAUAAAGAGGCUUUUGCAGACCUAUGAAUACCUCUACUGCUACCUUCCCAUAUCCAGUAUCUUAGCAAUUAGCCCCUGCUGGCUUGUUCUGUUCAUUGUUUUAUGGCUAUUGUACUUAACCGUGUAGUUUCUAAAAUAAAAUGCUUUCUAUUCUGGAGCCCCAACCAAA